UGUGUUGCGGGCCGCUGUUGAAGGAGUCAACUUGCAGGCUGUUAAAGACCUCAAGUCAUUAGCAUCAGCUGCUGCGCUAAAGGGGCCAGCCAGCGCCUCUAAGUGGCUUAGCGCACAAACGAGGCUCCCGAGACGGCGUCGGCCACUCCAUCCACUCUUCCACCACCUGCUGGACGUGAAAAGCUCUCCGGAGCCCAUCUCGGCAGAACCUACAAGACAGCAACACCAACACCUCUUGACAUGGACAUACACUGAUACAGUAGGCAAAAGAAACACUCGAUUGCAUCUCCCGGUUCCAGGUGGCCUUAUUUGGGCGAUUUGAUCCUGACCUUAUUCCUGUGAUGGAGGAUUCGGGCAUCCAGAGAGGCAUCUGGGAUGGAGAUGCCAAAGCUGUCCAACAAUGUCUGACAGAUAUUUUUACCAGCGUUUACACCACCUGCGACAUCCCUGAGAAUGCUAUAUUCGGUCCCUGCAUCCUGAGCCAUACUUCCCUGUACGACAGCAUAGCUUUCAUAGCUCUCAAGUCCACCGACAAGAGAACGGUCCCUUAUAUCUUCCGGGUAGACACCUCAGCGGCGAAUGGUUCCUCAGAAGGUCUGAUGUGGCUGCGUUUGGUCCAAUCAGCCAGAGAUAAAGAAGAGCAGAACCUUGAAGCCUACAUAAAAAACGGACAGCUGUUUUACCGCUCUCUCCGCAGGAUUGCCAAAGAUGAGGAGUUACUAGUUUGGUACGGGAAAGAACUGACUGAGUUACUCUUGCUCUGCCCCUCUAGAUCCCACAGCAAAAUGAAUGCAGGGUCGUCCCCUUACACAUGCCUGGAAUGCAGCCAACGUUUCCAGUUUGAGUUUCCCUAUGUGGCGCAUCUGCGCUUCCGCUGCCCCAAGCGACUUCACAGCGUUGAUGUGAGCCCCCGAGAGGAGCAAGGCAGCGGCGUGGGCACCAAGGAUCACGGGGGCGGCGGCGGCGGCAAGGACCAGCAGCCGCCGCAGCCACAGGAGACACCCUUGGGUCCCAGCCCCAAGUUCUGCAAAGCCGGCCCGGUCCACCACUACCCGGCCCCCUCCCCCGAGGGCGGUAACCCGCCUGCGGCUGGUGGCGGCGGCGGCGGCGGCAGCAGCGCGAAGCCGUCCACGGACUUUCACAACCUGGCGCGGGAGCUGGAGAACUCCGGGGGAGCCAGCAGCUGCUCCCCAGUGCGGAGCCUCAGCGGCGGCAGCGACCACCAGGAGGCGGAGCUGAGUCCCGACGGCAAUGCCGCGGGCGUGGGCAAAGGGAAGAGGAAAUUCCCGGAGGAGGCGGCGGAGGGCGGCGGCGGCGGCGCCGGGCUGGUGGGGGGCCGGGGCCGCUUCGCCGAGCGGCCCCCGCCCGCCUCCAAGGAGGACCUGGUGUGCACGCCCCAACAGUACCGCGCCUCGGGCAGCUACUUCGGCCUGGAAGAGAACAGCCGCCUCUUCGCGCCGCCCAGCCCGGAGACAGGCGAGGCGAAGCGCAGCGCCUUCGUGGAGGUGAAGAAGGCGGCCCGAGCGGCCGGUGUGCAGGAGGAGGCGGCCGCCGACGGCGGGAGCACGGCCGCCGAGGAGCAGGACGCGGGCGGCGGCGGCUCCGCCACGCCCGUGGCCGCGUCGCCGGCCGGCUCCGAGAAGCUGCUGGCCCCGCGGCCCGGGGGAGCGCUGCCCGGCCGGCUGGAGGGCGGCAGCCCGGUGCGGGGCAGCGCCUUCACCUCUGUGCAGCAGCUGGGCGCGGGCGGCAACGGCGCAGGGGGCGGUGCAGGCGCUGGGGCCGCGGGCGGGGCGGGCGGCGGCCAGGGCGCCGCGUCGGACGAGCGCAAAAGCGCCUUCUCGCAACCGGCGCGCUCCUUCUCUCAGCUGUCCCCGCUGGUGCUGGGCCAGAAGCUGAGCGCGCUCGAGCCCUGCCACCCCGGAGACGGUGUGGGCCCCACCAGACUGUACCCCGCCGCCUCCGAUCCUCUGGCCGUGAAGCUCCAAGGAGCUGCGGACCUGAACGGAGGUUGCGGGUCCCUGCCGAGCGGCGGUGGCGGCGGCGGCGGCGGGCUGCCCAAACAGAGCCCUUUUCUCUACGCCACCGCCUUCUGGCCCAAGAGCUCCGCCGCCGCGGCGGCCGCGGCGGCUGCGGCCGCGGGGCCCCUGCAGUUGCAGCUGCCCUCGGCGCUCACGCUGCUGCCGCCCUCCUUCACCUCUCUGUGUCUGCCCGCGCAGAACUGGUGCGCCAAGUGCAAUGCCUCCUUCCGCAUGACCUCCGACCUGGUGUACCACAUGAGGUCGCAUCACAAAAAGGAGUACGCCAUGGAGCCCUUGGUGAAGCGAAGACGGGAGGAGAAACUCAAGUGCCCCAUCUGCAACGAGUCCUUCAGGGAGCGCCACCACCUCUCCAGGCACAUGACCUCGCAUAAUUGACACGGAAAGGACUCCAGCUUUCCACGCGCGCACACGCACAGUCGAGCCCUGCAGGAGCAAACACACGAGGACAUGCACCACCUCCUUGUGACCUGAAACAUCGCACCCAGACACACACACACACACACACACACACACACACUCACACGUGCUCUGCCCCCAACCUUUACAUCCAAGUGUUUACCCGUGACCUACACUACACACACACACACACACACACAAACACACACAAAAGACAAGAUGGUGGAUUUUUGAUUGGGUGGGGUGUUUAAGAGGUUUUCUUUUGAAUGCACGUAUUUUCACUUUCCCCAAAACAAAGUACAUUUUUUAAAAUGUCAUAUAUUGCAGCAUAUUGAUGCAUUUGUCAUACGUUUCUACUUAAAUUAUUAAGCACUUACGAUUUAGAUGGAAUAAUAUGUAAGGGCAAAAUUUAUUUUAGAUAUAAAGUAAAGGAGGAGUG